AUUAUUUUGAUUUGUUUUUGCCCAACUCUGAUUUCUGUUCUCCAACAGCUUAUCAUCCACUUUCCAUGAAUAAUCUUUAAUUACGUCUUAUUUUACACCAUUUUUAUCUAUCGUGUUUACAUUUACGAAAUAAAAAUACGGAAUUUCUAAAUCGAUAAUUCCGAAAACGUUAUGAAUGUGGCGACGUUCGUCCCACAGAUACUGCUGACCGCGGUUACACCAUGACCAGUCGCGGUUUGUUCCACGACUGGUUAUGUUGUACCGCGCGUCAUACCUCUUAUCAAAAAUAAAACAAAUUUUUUUCUCUUUUUUUUUGGUCGCGUUUUUGUCAACGGUCAUACUCCUGUUUUUCGUACUCGUGUUAUUCGUGCUCUUAUUAUUCUUUAUUUGUUUGAUUUAAUAAAAUAAACCUCUUCUCUUUCAAAGUUGUGGUUGCAUUUGUUAGUCGUUAGAAGUCUUUAAUCCCAACAUAGUGUAACCGCCACACGAAGUUAUUUUUUAAAGAUUACGCUUAUCAGUGGAAUUAUGCUAUCACAGAACGUUGUGUUCUCCCAACGUGAGUGAUUUCGUUGCUACGCACACCACGCUCGUCCGGAAUACUACGUUCUUAUCACGUACGAAGUUAACUGGCAAAGUUCGUACUGGUGCGUUAUACUAUAGUGUCCAUGAACGAAAAGCCACUUGGACCUCAGACUAUAUGAAAAUAAUAACAAAAUUUAAUAAUCCAAUGACAUUUAAGUAGGUAGUAAUAAAAAAGUGCUUGGACGUCAACCGAUGUAACGUGUUGUGCUCCGGUAUCGUAUAUCAACAUUCAUCUAUAGUAAAAUUGGUUCAUUCGCAAUGAGUUUGUUAUUGAAAAUUCCUGAAUCUUACAGAAGCAUUGCGACCAUUGCCAUCAAAGGAAUGAGCAACGAUUGUGACACAGUGAUCUGUACAAUUGAUAAGAAGCUGUUGACUUUUUAUAAAGGUUGUUUGAUGAAAAAGUGUAACGUUGAUGUCGAAGUCAAACAUUUAGAACCCUUUGUCGAAUAUGAGCAAAAUAUUGAAGUUUAUUAUGUUUUACACGGAGACGAAAAAGUUAUCAUAGUUAAAGAAGGAACUAGUCUUGAGAUUAUAAAAACAUAUGUUAAUGUAUAUGAAAUAGUUAUUAGUGAUCAUAGUAAUUCAGGAUCACCUCAACUUUAUAUGAGAACUGACAAAGGUUUUGAAUGCUCAGAUAUUAUUGAAAAUAAGGAUCAAAGUACUUCUAAAUUUAAUCAAUUUCAAGAAACAUCAGUUGUAUACACUUUUUGUCUAAAAAAAUUACAACAAUUAAAAAUAUUAUAUGAUACAGAACAGUUUAAACUAUCACAAAAAUCCAAAUGUUUCAUAAAUGCCAUGACACAAGUAUCCAGCAAUGAUGAUACUUCUGAUUUUAAAUUGUCUUCAAAUAUAAUUGCAAAGAAUUCUUGGUUAAAAUUAUCCAAUAAAAAUCUUGUAUAUGGAUUUACUCUUCAAAAUACUUCAAAAUUGUUGAUAUCAAAUUUUAAUACAAUACUUAUAGAGAACAAUAAAAAAAUUUGGUCAGAAUUUUGUGUAAAAUGUUGGACAGUUGAGAAAACCAAAAAUGUUUUUAAUUUUCAUAGUUGUGAUGAUAAUAAUAGCAUGUCAUCUAACAUCGAAAAAAGUAUUUUCAAGAUAAAUGCUAAUAGUUCAAUCAUAGUUGCAAGUGUGAUUGAUAAUUGGAGCAGUAAAUCACUUCCAUAUUCUAUAAAUAGUAUAGUGUAUAUCAGUCAUGACAAUUUUGAUAGAAUACAAUACAUUAGUACAGAUGAAAUUAUUGUUACUGCAAACUUAUUUUUGGAUAAAGAAUUUGAUUCAUUUGUUAAAAAUAGUGUUUAUCUUGAAGAUUUAGUGGUCUUACAUUGUUCUAAACUAUUAUCUCGUUAUCAAAUUAAAUGUACUGUAUGUUAUCAAGAUUUAAAAAGUGUAAUGAUAAACAACUUUAAGUUUAGUACAAAACAUGAAUGGUUUGUGCACAGCUCUUUGUCAUGGUUAAGAACUAUUGUAUGCCAUUUGAAUCCAGUAUCACCAGUGGAGUAUAUACUUGAAGUAUUUUCUGACUCUAUGGUGUACACAAAGACAUUUAUUCAAGUGCUUUCUACGAUGUUACCUGAUCAUGCUAUUAUAAAUUGUUUGAAUAAAAAAAUACCAACAUAUUUAAAUUUUGAUGCUAUUUUGCAAGAUUUAAGGGAACUUCGGAAAGUAUUUAUGGAGUAUUUGGAUGGACAAAUAAUGAUACCAAGGAAACAAUGGAAUAGUACUCGGUCUAAAUUAUCGUUUACCUGAUACGUCGAAAACGUCGCCGCGAUGGUGCCGGGUGAUGGACACCGCGGUGGAGACGACGUCCAACAGCGCUCCGAACAG